GUUCAGUUCAGAAGUUUUCUAUGAUCAUGAUCGUGAGCUAAUAUCAACUGAAUAGCAACAAAUUUAUUUCAUGUUGAUGAAAUUAUUUCUGAGAAAAGAGAGAGGUUAAUUUGAAAGCAUCCGUUUUAAGAAAUUGAUUUUUCAUGGAUGGAUUGGCUGAAGCACUAGUUGACAGACCAAUACUGGGGAGUGAUGUUCGUGGGAAACGGCGCGGCCACCGAUUCUUCAGCGGGACAUACCUGCCUCAUCAUAGAAACAUGAAUAUAUUUUUCAAAAGAAGAUUCAUCAGACGAAUAUGCUUCGGGACGUUCAUAUUCGCCCUGGUUUGUUUCCUCUUCGUCUUCGUAGUCGUCCCUUUUAUAUUUCGUUAUUCUUAUGACAUGCAGCGUGGGCUGCUGUUUCUCACAUUUGUAAGGGUGCCCAAUGUAGACUACAACAAGCCUUCAAACCUAGGAUUGGUUGGGGCAAGAAACUUACAGCUCAAGACAAAAGAUGGUCUUAAAAUUGGCGUAUGGCAUACGUUGCCUGUGAAGCAUCAGUUAGUAGCAGCAGCUGGCCAAUGGCUGACUGGCAAAGACCCGAGUGAUCAGUACAAUGAUUGGUUGAGGACUGAGACUACGAUUAUCUACUGUCACGGCAAUGCUGGGACUAGAGCUUCAGACCACAGAGUUCGACUCUACCAGAUACUCAACCAGAUGAACUAUCAUGUCAUUGCCUUCGACUAUAGAGGCUAUGCAGACUCCACCAGAGUACCCACGGGGGAGGAAGGUGUUGUGGAAGAUGCCAAGACAGUCAUAUCAUGGGUGUUGGACAGAGCUACGUCAGGCCAGGUCUUUGUGUGGGGGCACUCCCUGGGCACUGCGAUUGCUUCACACGCUCUAGCAGAACUAGAGGCUGAAGGUAGACAAGUGCCAGGACUGAUACUAGAGGCACCUUUCAACAACCUGUCUGACGAGAUCAGAGAAUACCCUAUAUGUCAGUUGUUCACAUGGCUGCCCUGGUUCGACUUCUUCUUCGUAGAUCCAGUGUUUGACAACAGACUGAGGUUCCAGAGUGAUGUGAACCUGCGGAAUGUCUCUGCACCAAUAUUGUUUCUCCACGCUGAAGAUGACAUGGUGGUUCCUUACAAGCUCGGAAAGAAGUUGUACAACGCCGUAAUGGGAUACCGCAAAGAUGACAAGACUGUUACAGAAUUUGUUACAUUCGAGUACAAAAUGGGACACGGACACAAAUUCAUCUAUAGAGACAAGAGAUUACCUUCCAUUCUCAGAAAGUUUAUCGACACAAAUCAGCAAAGAAAUCAAACAAAGGUUCGAUGAAGACACGUAGCAUAGUUUAGUUUUAAGAUCUUGUACAGAGCUCUCUUUACAACUGUAGGCAGCUGUUUUGGUGUUUCACCAAUUUUUUGUUUGUGCAGUAUUUUUUUACGAUUGUAUGUAUUUUUAAAUAAAACUGUGUGCGGACAACA